CGUACUUCCUCGAGCAAGCUGCACAGGUCAAAAGACGCGGUUGGGACGGUCCGGUGGCGGUGCCACUACCCUUUCCAGCACACGUCCACCAAAUUUUUUAUUCUGAUGCCAAAGGCCACUCCUCCUCCCCCGAAAAAAGCAAAGGUCCAGGCAAAACGCGACAAGUCUGGGGCAGUGAGCUCAGCAUCAUCCACCAAGGACAAAGGAAAACAAAAAGCAGUACCACAAACUGAACCCUCUACUCUACCCUCUACAUUCAAAAUCGUCGCCGGUUCAUACGAGAAACUACUCUAUGGACUAGAAGGGCGCGUCUCUGGGGAUGACGAUAUGCUCGAGUUCCACCUCAAGCCUAUAUUCACCUUCCCUGCACACGUCUCAUGCAUCAAGGCUGUCGCCGUGUCUCCAAGCGGAGGCAAAUGGCUUGCUACCGGGAGCUCAGACGAAAUAAUAAAAGUAUGGGAUCUGCGAAGGAAGAAGGAAAUUGGGGGGCUUAUGCAUCAUGAAGGUUCAAUAACCCACUUGAGCUUCCCGUCUCGGGGACACUUGCUCUCAGCCUCUGAAGAUGGGACAUUAUGUCUGUUCCGUGCACGAGAUUGGGCCGUUUUGCGAUCGCUGAAGGGCCAUAAAGGCCAUGUCAACUGCGUAGCAGUCCAUCCGUCUGGAAAGGUAGCGCUGAGCGUAGGUAAGGACAGGACCCUGCGUAUGUGGGAUCUCAUGCGGGGGAAAGGAAGUGCGAGUACCAAGUUGGGAAAAGAGGGCGAAGUCGUUCGAUGGUCCAUAUCGGGCUCACUCUUCAUCGUCCAAUCGGGAUCGACAAUAGACCUUUACAACACUGAAAUGACACUCUUACACACAAUAAAACACCCAUCACGACUACACGACGCAAAAUUCUGCAAACGCGUUGACAGUGACGAGGAAGUACUCCUCGUCGGUGCCGAAGAUAAAAAAUUGACCAUCUAUGACGUUUCAAAUGACCCCGAAAAACCGCCGACCAUAAUCGGUUUGAUGGUGGGUCACGAAAAUCGAGUCAAAGCCGUUCAGACCCUUUCCAUCGCCUUGCCAGCGUCCAAGAGGACUGCCACGACAAUUGUGUGCACAGCAUCGUCUGAUGGCAAAAUCCACGUAUAUGACCUGGCAGCACUGGACAAAACGUCACAAAAAGUCCAGGAGAUUGAACCGGUGGCUGUUUAUGAUUCGAAAGGGACUAGGCUUACUUGCAUCGCUAUCGCGGAUGGUGAGGCAGCGGUCACCAAUACGGUGAUAAAGAAGCGUAAGCGCGAGGACGAUACAGGAGGUAGUGAGGAUGAGGAUGAAGAUGCUGCAGAUGAAUGGGACAUGCAGACAGGAGAGACCGAAGGAGAGGAAGAGGAAGAGGAAGAUGACAAUGGCGAGGAAGAUGACGAGGACGAGGACGAGGAUGGAGAAAGCAGUUAGAUUUGAUAUCAUUAAUAUAUCUACAUGAAAUCUAUCGCCCUCUUCCUCCCUCUUGC